CACACAAAAUCUUCACUUAAAAUGAAAAUUCGUUUACUCGAUUUUUCGAUAUUCUCCAUUUUGUUGCUAUUUCGAACGUCGAAAUCAUUCAAAGCUCCUACUCACGUGACUGCAACCAAGGGAAAGUUUUUUGUCCACACUCUCCAUUCUGCACACUUUUUCCCGAGCACAGUUAAAGUGAAAUGGGAAGCUACGCUAAACAAAAAGCCGGCUCUUCCAAACUGGUUACGUCUCUUACCGUCGCGACACCCGGAAAUCGCUUAUCUAAUAGGCACACCGGUCACAAAUGUGCAGCAUGUUACACUACACGUGAUUGCGAAACGACUGGAUAAUUUUGAUAUACAGCAAAGAAUGGUGGUGAUUAAUUUGGUGGAAGACUCAUUGUAUCAAGGAAAUACGCAACAAGUUUUUGAACUGCCAAUAAAUGGACUAGAUGUAGAGGAUUUAGUUUCAAAUCGAGACAGAAAAAUAAGUCAACUAGAAAACUCAUUGCGAAACACAUUCCGGGGAAGAAAUGUAAACCCAUAUAUUGCAGGUGUUCGCUCCAGAUACAUUAUUCCACGUGGCAAGGAGCACAUUUUCAAAAAUAGUUUCGGAACAAUGGUGUAUGUUGGUACACAGCAAAAGUUCUAUCCCGGAACCAUGUCAAUUGUACACAAUUUACAAACUAUGCCCGAGUUUUGUUCAAAUCCCUCAUCUGUCGUGAUGAAUAAGUAUUUUGCACCAACAUUUCCGGUGGACUGGUGUAAUGUUGCGGUAAGAAAUAUUUCAUCUCUUGAAGGAGAAGGUAUUGAUGAAUUGAUAAAGGAUGAACAAGAAGAGAAACUGACAAAAGCGAAUCCAGAUCAGAAUUUGAACGAAAAACCUGAACAACCCCCACGUGAACUAUAUGGAUACUCAGAACAUGGUUUUAGCAUCGUCUUAUUUGCCAUAAUUCUUGGUGUUUCAAUUCUUUUUGUUUUUGCACUCGUGCUCAUUUUUUUUGGGUCAAGAGAAGGGCAGAAAUGGAGAGACGACAAAACGUCUGGUGAAACAUUGGGCGAAUUCAUUAGCAUUCGUGACAAUCAGAAGAAGCUCCGCGAACUAUCACUUCAAAGGCAACUUCUGAGCAUGGGACCAGACACGAACUCCACUGCGCCUUCUGGAAUUCAUUCUUAUUUACAAUCAAGAAGUAGAGCUCCAAGCACUAGUAUUGCGAGAUUUAGCAAAAGUGCGAGUAGACUUAAUGAUAAAGAGGAUACAAUUGAGCUUCUCCCUUCAGUUGAUCAUGUCCCGGUUGGAAAACAAACUGUUGCAGAAGCGGCAAAACAGUGUGGAAGUUCUUUGCAUUUGUACAGAAACCCUCUGAGUAAUGAAAGUGAUGAACAGGAUACGGAGAGUUCUGAUGAAGACAACUAGACUAUUAAAUUACAUUUAUAAGUAUUCAAUAAACGAUCUCAAUAAUC